CUAAAACGCACUAGCGGCCUGCCGCGAUGCGGUAUGCCGAUGCGGCAGGUCGCAGCAUAUACGGUCAGCCGUAACGGCACGCCGUAUUCCGGCUAACCGUAUGGUCUUGGCUCACUGCGGUCUGCCGCAAUCGUCAGUGCUUCUAGAAAUUUUGCACAUGAUGGACGUUGAGGAAGUUGCGGCAGUCAUUUAUUUAUAUCAUCGUAGAAAAUAUCGUCAAAAAAAUAAACAUAGAUUUUGGAUACAUCCUCUAUUGGUGACACGACAUGACGGCAAAGAGUUUAAUAUUUUUAUUUCAAACCUAAAGAAAUUUGAAGAUAAGUUCUUUGGAUACACUAGGAUGUCAGUAAAAUCGUAUGAAGAAUUAUUAACAAAACUAUAUUUAAAUAUUCGUGGCCAGGAUACACGAUUUCGGAUAUCUAUAUCCCCGGAAGAAAAGCUCAUUAUAACCAUCAGAUAUUUGGCAACCGGAUGUACAUUCGCUGAACUACAUUACACAUUUCGAAUUGGUGCGAGUACAAUAGCUGAAUUUGUUCGUGAAGUAUGUUCGGCAAUAUGGUUACUGUUAAAAGAAUCUUGUUUACCGAAGCCAUCUCAACAAAGAUGGCUAGAUAUUGCAAAGGGUUUCUCUACAAGAGCUAAUUUUCCGAAUUGCAUUGGGGCUAUAGAUGGGAAACACAUACGGGUAAUAAAGCCGUGCCAUAGUGGAUCCAUGUACUACAAUUAUAAGCAGUUAUUUUCCAUUAUACUUAUGGCUAUAUGCGACAGUAACUACAAAUUCAUAACAAUAGAUGUCGGUGCUUGUGGCAAAUUUGGAGACUCAGCAGUUUAUCAACACUCUAACUUUUACAAAAAAAUGAUAGCAGGAGAACUUGAGAUACCAGAAUCAGUACCCAUAUCACAAGUAAAUACUAUUCCAAUGCCAUAUGUUUUAGUAGGCGAUGAAGCCUUUCCCUUAUCCACGAACUUAAUGCGACCUUAUGCAAAACCAAAAAAUUCUAAUUUAAACACUACUAAGAGAAUAUAUAAUUAUCGGCAUAGUAGAGCACGGCGAUAUGUCGAAUGUUCGUUUGGAAUACUGAGCAAUAAGUGGCGUAUAUUCCAUAGACCUUUAAAUGUGGAUAUUAGUUUGGCUACUGAUAUCAUCAAAGCAUGUUGCAUUUUGCAUAACUACGUUCGAGACAGAGACGGUUAUAACUAUGAAGAUACUUUAACAUGUUACAUGUCGCCUGAUGUACCAGAAACUCCGAGAACAUAUAAUCGAAUAGGUAAUAAUAUCGCUGAAAGAAUUCGUGACUCUUUCGCUCAGUAUUUUGAACAUGAAGGUAAAUUGGAAUGGCAAGAAAAAUAUAUAUAAGUAAAUAUAAUGGCAUUAAUCCGCAAAAUCGCAGGAAAUUGCGAAUAAAAAGUAGGUAUGAUGAUUGUAACAUUGUAACCAUGAUUAAUAAAUAACGUAACUUACCGAGUUCUUUCUUUUCUUCCGAUGUAUCAUCUUCCUUUGCAUAUAUAUUAAUCAUUUCCUCCCAACAUUUUAACUUUUUAUUUCUGUCUGCAUAAUCAGCGCAUUUGCUAUCCCAUAUUGCGGGGCGUUCUUUUAUUUCUAAAAUGAACUUUUCUGUAUCAAAAUCCAUGACGCGCACGAGUAGCGUCUAGCGCGUGAAACAAGCGACGACGGACUGGCGGGCGGGACGCGGCGUUUGCGACUACCGCGCCGAGUGCGUGGUGGGGAUGCGGUGCGCCGCAUCAUUCAACCGGCGCGGCUCGUCGCAGCUCCGGAACAACCGGAGCGGUUGACGGCUGGCCGCAAAUCAGUGCGUCGUUAUCGUGCGGUUUCAUGUACUAAUCGAUGUGCGGCCUACCGCAACGGCACGCCGCAUGGCGGCCAACCGCUAGUGCGUUAUAGGCCUAAAACA